GACCAUGCUCAACCCCAGGUGCAUUCCAUUUCUCCCUCCACCCUGUCCGCCCUUUUGGAGGGAACUCAAAAAUCUUGAGAGAGAGACGCGGCGCUUGCCAUCCCCUUCGGCGGAAAGAUGGCGCCCAAGGCCGACAGCGUCGAAGGCAUCGUUCUGAGCUUCGUCAAUGAGCAAAAUAGACCACUAAAUUCUCAGAAUGUUGCUGAUGCACUUCAAAAGUAUAAUCUCAAAAAGACUGCAGUCCAGAAAGCAUUGGAUGCAUUAGCUGAUAGUGGACAAAUUUCAUUCAAGGAGUAUGGCAAACAGAAGAUUUACCUUGCUCGGCAAGAUCAAUUUAAGAUACCUAAUGGACAAGAGCUUGAUCAGAUGAAGGAGGAAAAUAGCAAGCUACAGGAAGAACUUCAAGUCCAAAAGAAAGCGAUAAAUGAGGUUGAGACUGAAAUUCGAGCUCUGCAGUCAAACUUGACAUUGGAAGAGAUACUUGCUAAAGAGGCUAAACUCCAUAUUGAGGUCCAUGAAAUGGAAGAAAAAUUGAAGAAAUUGCAUGGUGGGGUUGUUUUAGUGAAACCCGAAGACAAAAAGGUAAUUGAAGAAACAUAUUCUGAGAAGAUCAAUCAGUGGAGAAAGCGCAAGAGGAUGUUCAAAGAUCUAUGGGAUGCUAUAACUGAAAACUCACCCAAGGAUCUCAAAGAAUUUAAGGAGGAGCUUGGUAUCGAGUACGAUGAAGAUGUUGGAGUUGGCUUACAGUCGUAUUGUGAAUUGUUGAAUCUCAGUAAGAAGAGAAGAAUGGCCUAGUAAUAUAUCUUCUGCUAUGUUUCCUGGGGAUUGGGCUUUGUUCUCCUCCCAUUUUUUCACCUUCCCCAAGUAAAUAUGUUCAAACAGAUUGAUAGUUUGUAUAUUCUAAAGAGGAAGGAGAAUGAUCUGCGGUACUCCAUCUA